AAAGUGAAAACUUUGUCUCUAGAUGCAAGCGUUUUAAUCCGUGAGAAGACAAAAGUUUCUCUUGGGAUUGGCUAUUUGCAGAAAUUCUAGUCAAAAAUCAGUCCAAAGAAACGACGAGUUCCUCCUCUGUCGAUCUCCGUUUCUUUGCUCCACUCUCUACUCAUGGACGCUCUCGUUGCUCAGUUGCAGAUGCAAUUUCGUGAUUACACCAUUUCUCUCUACCAACAGGGUUUUCUGGAUGAUCAGUUUACUGAGCUAAAAAAGCUGCAAGAUGAUGGAAGUCCUGAUUUUGUGGCUGAGGUUCUGUCUCUCUUCUUCGAAGAUUGUGUAAAGCUUAUCGGUAACAUGGCUAGAGCUCUGGACCAGACAGGAACAGUAGAUUUUAGUCAGGUAGGUGCGAGUGUGCAUCAAUUGAAGGGUAGUAGCUCAAGUGUUGGUGCUAAGAGAGUCAAAGGCUUGUGUGUUACCUUCAAGGAAUAUUGUGAGGCUAAGAACUACGAAGGGUGUGUGAGAUGUCUGCAGCAGGUGGAUAUCGAGUACAAGGCGUUGAAAACAAAGCUUCAAGAUAUGUUCAAUCUUGAGAAACAGAUAAUUCAAGCUGGUGGCAGAGUUCCUCAAGUGGAUAUUAACUAAAAGUCUUGUGGAAGAUGACAGAAGAACAAGCUUAGAUGACUCCAAACUGCAUUCUUCAAUUUCUCUCUUAAUUUGUUUUGGAAUUUCGUUUGCUCAGAAGACGCUCAAUAGAAUGUGUGCAAAAUGAGAGAAGUGAUUCUUGUUGAUAAAAUCCCUAGUAUCUAUUAUCUGAUCUCAUCCGAGAAAACUGACAUUUGUGGACUGAUUCAUGUAUGAUAUUUGGUUUGUUCUGGUUCCUUUUUAAA